GGCGACACGGCAUCUAGGUCUUUUAAACCGAGGCUUCACCGCGAACUCUGCGAAGAGGAUGGCGGCAGCGCCGGAGAAGGUGUUCGUCGCCCUGCCGGCAGAGUUCAAGGUGGGGCGGUCCUCGCUAUCGUGGGUUCUCAGCCAUUUCGGCGGCAGCGGAGCCACUAUCGUGAUCACACAUGUGCAUGUUCCGCCGCAGAUGAUUCCAGUGAUGGGAGUCAAAUUUCAUUCUAGUAAAUUGAGCCCGGAGCAAGUGAAACUAUUCAGAAGGAUUGAGCGUGAAAAGGUGAACAAACAGCUAGACAGCUAUGUUCAUCAAUGCUCGAGAAUGAAGGUAAAAUGUGAGAAACUAGUUUUUGAGAAGGAAGAUGUAGUAGCCGGUCUAGUUGAACUCAUUGUCCUGCAUAGAGUCACUAGGCUAGUUAUUUCAGCUGCCGCAGACAGACAAUACUCAAGCUUUGGUCUCAGAAAAAUGGACAAACCUAAGUCUACGAAGGCAACAGAAAUCAUGCAGAGAGCUGAUCCAGCAUGCAAGAUUUGGUUUAUUUGCAAGGGACGUCUAGUAUGUACCAGGGGUAAGGAAGUGGACACUUCACCAUCAGCUACACCUUUGCUCCCUGAUUUUGAUCACCAAACUCUGCAGUUAGUACCUUACCAGAAAGAGAACAACAUUCAGUCAGAAUUGGGAUUAUAUGAUGAACUCAAGGAGGCAUGCAUAGCAGCUGAGAACUUGAUGAAGAGAGCUCUAAACGAAUCUUCCAGGCGCCAAAAGGCAGACGAGGAAGUGGUUUUAGCUAUUCAGAAAGCAAAUGAAUACCAGGAGUUGUACUUGGAGGAAGCGAGAAAGCGCCAAGAGCUUGAAGAAGCUCUCGCAAGAGCAAACCGGGAAAUCGCUCAGUUAAGACAAGCAAACCACCUGCCCGUGGAUGAGCAAAACACAUCCCCCGACGACCUCCAAGAGGCAAUUUCAGAAGAAUCGACCUUUGAACGGCACAUCGUCGACAUGGAUGCCAUCCUCGCAACAGCUGGUCAAGUGACUGAGCCGCAGAAGGAGCAUGUCCACAUACAGAUUGAUCUUGACACUGGUGGCAAAGAACUGCAGGCGCUGCUCAGCCAAUGCAAGCCGACCGCGUUCUCGUCACCGUCGUCUGUCAUUCAGUCACCGUACGACGAAGACUGCAUCCCUUCCUACUUCCUCUGCCCCAUCCUCCAGGAGCCCAUGAGGGACCCUCACGUCGCGGCGGACGGGUCCACGUACGAGGCCGACGCCAUCAGAGGCUGGCUCGACGGCGGGAGCGACGCGUCCCCCGUGACCGGGCAGCCGCUCGCGCACCGCGAGCUCGCGCCGAAUUUCGCGCUUGGCGCCGUGAUCCAAGACUACACGAUGAGGCGGCGGCAGCAGCACCGGUUCUCUUGAGAUGCCCUGCUUCCGCUUCAGUUUCUGUUUUCCUCUCCGGUGAACCGGCACUUCCAGCUUCAGUUUUCGUGGCGCAGCCCUAUCGCGGGCUCGUGUACUUCACUACUUUGACAUUUUGUGUGUGUACGAGGUGAGCUGUUAGUAUUACGAUGGAAAUGGAAUAACUGAUUAAGAGGAGCAUUAGAUGUGACGCCAUAAAUAGGCUGUUUUCUUUCGGGAAAAUCACAAGAGCUUGGGUUAGGAUGAAUCAGAAGUAGAGUUUACAAUCUUUGCGCUA